AAUAUUAUUUAUUCUAUAAGUUACACACCGAAUACAACAGAAAAGCUCUCAACUCUCAACUCUCAUCAUUCUAACGCCCAGACUCCCAUAAUCGCAGUCGUCACAAUGCAGACCGCAGGAGAUAUCCCCCUUCUCAUUACUUCGGAUAACUCUUCAUCGGAGCGCCGAAUCACACCCUCUUGGACCAUCGGCCAGCUGAAGUCGAAACUUGAGGCAGUCACAGGCGUACCUCCGUUGUCGCAGAGGAUCACACUCCGUGUCAACCAGCAGGGCAUUCCCGUUGAAGCCGCGGACGAAGAGAACACUCAGCUUGCUACCUUUCCCUUGGCCCCUUACGCCGAGCUACACGUUGCCGACACCCGUCCUCGCGGCGCGCGCCCGAAUUUCACUGAUGCCUCGACCGUCGAGAAGUAUGUGAUGCCUGCUGAAGAAUACGAGCAGAAGAGUGACAGCGUGCUUGCAUGGAAGAAGGCACAGAAGCUUGGACGCUUCAAUCCCGACGCUCCUACUAUCGAGGAAGCCAAGAUCAAGGCCUACCAGACCGAAAUCGAUUCGAGGGGCAUUGCCGUUGGCAAGAGGUGCCGUGUGGGCGGGGAUGACAGUCGCCGAGGCGAGAUUAUGUACGUUGGGGAUGUGGAAGAGAUUCCAGGGUCAUUGGGUUCUUGGGUGGGCGUGAGAUUGGAUGAACCGGUGGGCAAGAAUGAUGGCAGUGUCGGUGGCACCAGAUACUGGGGAGAGGAAGGGGGACCCAAGCAUGGAGUGUUUGUGAGGCCAGAGCGAGUGGAGGUGGGCGACUGGGAACCCGUAGACGAUUUGGAUGAUAUGGAGGAGAUCUGAACGUAACGCCACCUAGAUCAGUGAAGAUUAAAAGGCUCAGUAGGUGUGGGAGUUGUUUUAGUCAAUACCAUGGAUGGCGUUGAUAUGGCCAAGCCCAGCCUUCCCGUCCGGAAGCCACAGCCACAGCCACAGCCACAGCCACACGAUUGCCCUAUUACAACCGUUGUGAAAGUCGGGUAACUGCUGAUGACAUGAGAGCUGCUGCAAGGCUGCUCGUGACCUUCUGGGCGGCUGUGCCAUGGAAGAGACUAUUCAACUGUUUGGAUGAUUCCAAAUACAAAUCCAAUCACCAAGACAAGAGUAUAAAGGAGUUAUAAAGUAACCGCCUCUCCACUUAAUC